AUGGCCACUGCCGGCACAAAUCGCCCCGGUGGCUACGACCACCACCAUCAGAACCCCCUCCAAGCCGAUGACGAGUUUUCGCUACGCCAUAUGAUGGAUGCCGAACCAACGGGACCCAACGACGGAAGGGAUAUUCUCAGCGGGAGUAAAUCAAUACCAGCUGCAGGCGCUGGGAGUAGCAAUAAUGGAGUUGUUGAUAUCACAGCGACGCAGAAGAUGGUGUCGGCCAUGUCGGGCAGUUUAUUAACGUCAUUACUUGUCACGCCCCUCGAUGUUGUCCGCGUGCGACUUCAGUCGCAAAAGGCUCCUCGAUCGACCGUCGAUUUCUCUAAACUCGCAAUUACUACCACCUCACUCUCCCCCGCCCAAACCGCCGAACUCGGUAUCACAUCCUGCUGUCGCGAGGUUUUCUUCUCUGGUGGCAACGCCGAAUUCUGUCUCGCUGCGCCUAGGAUAGACGGUAUCGUCGCGCCUCCAGCACCCGCCGAAUGCGCCGUGGAAGAGGUACAGCGCCGAACCUUCAGCUCUACUUUUGAUGGUCUGCGAAAGAUUGCCCGCAAUGAGGGCGUUACAACUCUGUGGCGAGGAUUAUCGCCCACGCUUGUGAUGGCAGUCCCCUCGAAUAUUAUUUACUUCACCGGUUACGAUUAUUUGCGAUUUAACCCGAAGAGUCCAUUUUCGCAUUUCUCUGAUACCUCGGCACCUUUGACUGCUGGCUCAGCUGCUCGUGUCCUUGCAGCUACCGCUGUGAGCCCGAUCGAACUUGUCAAGACACGAAUGCAGGCCGCUCACGGAGCAUCGACGACAAAUCACCUUGUGGAGGCUUUUGAGAGCGUGAAGGAGAUGGUGGGAUCACAUGGAUAUACUGCGCUGUGGAGAGGCUUGACAUUGACUCUCUGGCGAGAUGUUCCUUUCUCAGGUCUUUACUGGUGGGGAUACGAGUCGAUACGAUCAAGAUUGACGGAUUAUCGUGAACAACGCCACGGUCACUCAUUACCACUCGAGGAGGAUUUGUCAGAAGCAAGGAGACGAUCGCAGGUACAGGAGAACCAUACUGAAACCUUUGUGGAUGCCUUCACGGCUGGUGCUCUGUCCGGAGCGUUCGCAUCUUUUGUCACAACGCCUUUCGACGUCGGAAAGACACGAACACAGAUCUACCAAGACAGCUCCAAAAAGGCCAAACAAAGCAGUGCCAGCGCAGUAGCAGCCCCCGAGGAGCGCAGUAUGGUACGCCUCCUCUGGCACAUCUUCAAGACCGAAGGAGCCUCAGGACUAUGGAAGGGAUGGAUCCCACGAACCCUCAAGGUUGCUCCAGCAUGCGCCAUCAUGAUCAGCAGCUACGAGGUAGGCAAACGAGCGUUCCGUGGAGUCAACGAGCGACAUCUGCACAGCUCCAACGAUCGUUCGUGA